GGAAAACAAGAAUAAGAACCUGUAACGGCGCCUAUAAGUAGGAAGGAGCAGGCGCGGCUUGGCCACCUCCCACCGAAAGGCAAGGAAGGACCGGCUGCGACACGAGGAAGAAGGCCCCUUGCUCUUGGCCGAGCGCUUUCCUCUACUGAUUCCCCGGGUUCUCCGGCUUGCUAGUGGGCUGCUCAGUGCGUCUUUUCCCGCAGACGUCAGGAACUGGGCCCUCAUGGCGGAGGUGAAGGUGAAGGUGCAGCCGCCCGACGCGGAUCCGGUCGAAAUAGAAAACAGGAUUAUAGAAUUAUGUCACCAGUUCCCUCAUGGAAUCACAGACCAAGUAAUUCAGAAUGAAAUGCCUCAUAUAGAAGCCCAGCAGCGGGCAGUAGCCAUCAAUAGGUUGUUGUCUAUGGGUCAGUUGGAUCUCUUAAGGAGCAAUACAGGCCUUUUAUAUAGAAUAAAGGACUCUCAGAAUGCUGGCUCUGUCUCAUUCUUUUUAAGUAAAAUGAAGGGAUCAGAUAACCAAGAAAAGCUAGUAUAUCAAAUCAUAGAGGAUGCAGGAAAUAAAGGAAUAUGGAGCAGAGAUAUCCGCUAUAAAAGUAACUUGCCAUUAACAGAAAUCAACAAAAUUCUGAAGAAUUUGGAAAGUAAAAAGCUUAUCAAAGCUGUUAAGUCUGUAGCAGCCUCAAAAAAGAAGGUGUAUAUGCUCUAUAACCUGCAGCCAGACCGGUCUGUGACUGGUGGAGCCUGGUACAGUGACCAGGAUUUUGAAUCUGAAUUUGUAGAGGUGCUUAACCAACAGUGUUUUAAAUUUCUACAAUCCAAGGCAGAAGCAGCACGAGAAAGCAAACAGAACCCAAUGAUACAAAGAAAUAGUUCAUUUGCCUCAUCACAUGAAGUGUGGAAAUAUAUCUGUGAACUGGGAAUUAGUAAGGUAGAGUUAUCCAUGGAGGACAUUGAAACCAUCCUGAAUACACUCAUUUAUGAUGGGAAAGUGGAGAUGACAAUCAUCGCUGCAAAAGAAGGCACAGUUGGCAGUGUAGACGGACACAUGAAACUGUACAGGGCAGUCAAUCCAAUUAUCCCGCCCACGGGUUUGGUCCGGGCACCUUGUGGACUCUGCCCGGUUUUUGAUGACUGCCAUGAAGGUGGUGAGAUUUCACCGUCUAACUGUAUUUACAUGACAGAGUGGCUCGAAUUUUAAUAGAGAGCUAUGAACUUUACUGACAUUUUGCAAAUUAAGUUACUUUGGGAGCAGAUAAUUUAAUUCAUGAUGGAACAUCAAAUCUCCUUGACAGCAAACUUCACAAUAAUGGAUAUAGACUUGCAGCUAUGAAAACAUACUUUUUUAUUUAUGAAGACUAAAUUUAUAUUGGUAAAGUAGCCAGUAGAAUAUGAAAGAAAUAAGGUUAGUAGUGAAAUUCAUUCUUCAAAAAAUAAAACACUUUGAAACUCUGGAGAGGACCACAUCUUUCAAGACUUCUGAUGGGUCAAGGAAAAAGAUGCCAACAUACCCAUAUUUACCAAGUACUAUAAUGGCCAGAGUAUAAAAAUGUCCUUUUAAAAGUUAUUUAUUAAGUUCUUCGUUGGAAGUGUUUUUAAUACCUGGUUCACUACCACCAUUUCUGUUUUCUACUUUCUCAGUGGUUUCAUUUAAAAGAAAUUAAAAGUGGUUAAAGGCAGGAAUAGCAAAGGGGUUUAUGCAAACCUGGGGUAUGACUUGACUAGGGGAGAGUGGAACAUGCCUUUUCCACACAUUAUUAAUUCCUUUUAUAUCAGAAAUAUUCUUUUAGAUUAUGCUACCAUACUUACUUCAAACCCAAUCACUACUGUCAAGGAUAUAUUUUCAGUACAUAAAUAUUAUCAUUUUCGGCCGGGCGUGGUGGCUCAAGCCUGUAAUCCCAGCACUUUGGGAGGCCGAGGCGGGUGGAUCACGAGGUCAACAGAUCGAGACCAUCUUGGUCAACAUGGUGAAACCCCGUCUCUACUAAAAUUACAAAAAAUUAGCUGGGCACGGUGGUGCGUGCCUGUAAUCCCAGCUGCUCGGGAGGCUGAGGCAGGAGAAUUGCCUGAACCCAGGAGGCGGAGAUUGCAGUGAGCCGAGAUCGCGCCAUUGCACUCCAGCCUGGGUAACAAGAGCGAAACUCCAUCUCAAAAAAAAAAAAAAAAUUAUCAUUUUCAUCCUAAAGAGAAUAUUUUCACUGUUCCUUCUUUAAGUCUUAUGUUUCACUCUGUAACUCAAAUGUAUUCUGUGCUAGAAUUUUCCCUAGAUUCUUAUUUAAUGUCUGCAGUAGACGAAUGUUUGUGUGCCCCCAAAAUUCUAAUGUUGAUAUCUCAUUUUCAGUGUGAUGGUAUUUGGAGGUAGGGCUUUGGGAAGUAAUAGGUCAGGAGAGUAAGACCCUCAUGAAUGGGAUUAGUGCACGUAUAAAAAGAGACCCAGAGAGCUCCAUCACCCCUUCUGCAAUGUGAGAGAGAGAAGACAGCCAUCUGUGAACCAGGAAGUGGGUCCUCACCAGAAAACAAAUCUGUAAGCCCCUUGAUCUUGGACUUCCCAGCCUCCAAUAUUAUGAGAAAUAAAUUUCUAUUGUUGAUAAA